AUUUUAAUCACUAAAGCAAUGUUAAAAAAGUUCUUUGUAAAAUUAACUUAAAAAAAAAAAAAAAGCCAAAGGGACUAUAUAACAACUAUUAGUCAGUCAAGAUAAAAAAAAAGAAAAAAAAACAAGUUAAAGAUAGAAGAUUUUUUUUCUAUCAACUCAUGCAAAAAAUGGCAGAUGGAAACACUCCACAUGUAGCAAUCAUACCAAGUCCCGGUAUAGGUCACCUCAUCCCACUCGUCGAGUUAGCAAAGCGACUCCUUGACAAUCACGGUUUCACCGUCACUUUCAUCAUCCCCGGCGAUUCUCCUCCGUCUAAGGCUCAAAGAUCCGUUCUCAACUCUCUCCCUUCCUCCAUAGCCUCCGUCUUCCUCCCUCCCGCCGAUCUUUCCGACGUUCCUUCGACAGCUCGAAUCGAAACUCGGAUAUCGCUCACCGUGACUCGUUCCAACCCGGCGCUCCGGGAGCUUUUUGGCUCGUUAUCGGCGGAGAAACGUCUCCCGGCGGUUCUCGUCGUCGAUCUAUUUGGUACGGAUGCGUUCGACGUGGCUGCUGAGUUCCACGUGUCGCCAUACAUUUUCUAUGCAUCAAAUGCCAACGUCCUCACGUUUCUGCUUCACUUGCCGAAGCUAGACGAAACGGUGUCGUGUGAGUUUAGGGAAUUAACCGAACCGGUUAUUAUUCCCGGUUGUGUCCCCAUAACCGGUAAGGAUUUCGUCGAUCCGUGUCAAGACCGAAAAGAUGAAUCAUACAAAUGGCUUCUACACAACGUCAAGAGAUUCAAAGAAGCUGAAGGGAUUCUAGUGAAUUCCUUCGUCGAUUUAGAGCCAAACACUAUAAAGAUUGUACAAGAACCGGCUCCUGAUAAACCACCGGUUUACCUGAUUGGGCCGUUGGUUAACUCGGGUUCACACGAUGCUGACGUGAACGAUGAGUACAAAUGUUUAAAUUGGCUAGACAACCAACCAUUCGGGUCGGUUCUAUACGUAUCCUUUGGAAGCGGCGGAACACUCACGUUUGAGCAGUUCAUUGAGCUGGCUCUUGGCCUAGCGGAGAGUGGAAAACGGUUUCUUUGGGUCAUACGAAGUCCGAGUGGGAUAGCUAGUUCAUCGUAUUUCAAUCCACAAAGCCGAAAUGAUCCAUUUUCGUUUUUACCACAAGGCUUCUUAGACCGAACCAAAGAAAAAGGUCUAGUGGUUGGGUCAUGGGCUCCACAGGCUCAAAUUCUGACUCAUACAUCUAUAGGUGGAUUUUUAACUCAUUGUGGAUGGAAUUCGAGUCUAGAAAGUAUUGUAAACGGUGUACCGCUCAUAGCAUGGCCGUUAUACGCGGAGCAAAAGAUGAACGCAUUGCUACUCGUGGAUGUUGGUGCGGCUCUAAGAGCACGACUGGGUGAAGACGGGGUCGUAGGAAGGGAAGAAGUGGCGAGAGUGGUAAAAGGAUUGAUAGAAGGAGAAGAAGGGAAUGCGGUAAGGAAAAAAAUGAAAGAGUUGAAAGAAGGAUCUGUUAGAGUCUUAAGGGACGAUGGAUUCUCUACCAAAUCGCUUAAUGAAGUUUCGUUGAAGUGGAAAGCCCACCAACGAAAGAUCGACCAAGAACAGGAAUCAUUUCUAUGAAUUUUCUGUUUGUCUUAUAUAUAAACUGUUAGUUGACAUAAAAUGAAACACAUCAAAAAAAAAGUUUCAGAAGGUAACCUACUUUCAUUCGUUUACCUUUAAACAAUUCUUUAAUAGUAAAACUCAUAUGUAACAAAGUUCAGAAUUUUAAGAAACAUUAGCAUUUGAUGUACAAAACGUUAUUUUUUCUUGAAUCUAA